AUGACCAGGAGACCGUUCCAGUUACUCUGUAAUCAGCUGAAUCCAUACAUCGAAAGAAUGAACACACAGAUGAGACGGCCAGUUAGUGUGGUUAAGUUAGUCGCCAUUACUGUUUAUCGCCUUGCCACUGGUGAGUGUUUUCGGACUAUAGGAAAUCUUUUCGGUGUUGGCCGUACCACUGCCUACGAUGCAUUUUGGGAUGUGUGUAGAGCGAUAUGUACCUACUUAAAACCCCUCUAUGUCAAGCGGCCCAAGGGUGGUGAUAUUAAACGUAUGCUACAAAUAUUUGAACUUAAGUAUGGCUUUCCCAUGUGCGGUGCAGCAAUCGACGGAUGUCAUAUCCCUAUCAUAGCGCCCAGACUGUACCACACUGACUACUACAAUAGAAAAGGUUGGUACAGUAUCCUUCUACAAGGUCUUGUUGACCACGAUUACAAAUUCAUUGAUUUUGACGUAGGGCAGCCAGGAAAGUGCCACGAUGCCUAUGUGUUUGAAAUAUCAAAACUGUAUAGGAAAUUAUCAUCUGGCACAUUCUAUCCUCCAUUUACUAAAACAAUUGAAGGAAAAGAAGUACCAAUUGUUAUCCUAGGGGAUUCAGCCUAUGGGCUGUCUACGUUUCUUAUGAAACCCUAUGCGGAAGGACUGGCAACUGCAGCGCUAAAACAUUUCAAUGAAAGGCUCAGUCGCACACGAAUUUUGGUGGAGCAUUCCUUUGGCAGAUUAGAAGGACGUUGGCGAUCAAUAAUGAAACGAAAUGACUCGCAAGCAGAUAAAAUACAUAUAGUCGUUGCGUCAUGUAUUGUCUUGCAUAACUUCUGCGAGGUCUGGAACAUGGACUAUGAGGAAUAUAACAAUUUUGAUGUCGAACAGCCAGGUAAUGAAUAUCAUCCAGAUGAGGAAAUCGAAAACGAAAAUGAAAUUCGCACUACUCUCGUGCAGUACAUCACCAACAACCCAUACUGA